CCAAUGAGUCCAGUAGCAACCUGCUCAGCCCAUCUCAGGUGGUGGUGGAGGUGGUGCCCAGGCUCCUCCUGGCCCUGUGGCUUCAUCCAGAGGAAGGCCAUUCAGAGCACCCAAUCCUAAUAGGUGGGAUGGCCGUGGGCAUGGUGGCGGCCGUAGUGGAGAAGCUCUCCUGCAUGUUAAAGGACCCUUCCCCUCACAUCCCUUUCUCCCGGGCUGCUGCUUUUGACUCUGUGUGGUUGAUCCUCGGGAGAAUCAGUCAGUCCUUCUCCACCGAUGACCUGCAGAGCCCUUUUUAUAUGAGCUCUGUUUGUGCCUUUGUGGCGGACGAGGUGCAGAGCUGCUUCCAGCCCCCUGCAGCCACCCUACCAGUCCCCCCUGUCCUCACGGUGGCCGCUUACACCACACUACCAGCUGACAUCCAAGCAGACCCGGCUUCUUCCCACCUCGAGGUUGUAGACAUCACCCCUAACACAGAGGCAUAUCAGGCUUCUUUCCACCUGGAGGUUGUGGACAUCACCCGUAAGACAGAGGCAGACCCGGCAUCUUCCCACCUGGAGGUUGAGGACAUCACCACUAACACAGAGGCAGACCCGGCAUCUUCCCACCUGGAGGUUGAGGACAUCACCACUAAGACAGAGGCAGACCCGGCAUCUUCCCACCUGGACGUUGAGGACAUCACCACUAACACAGAGGCAGAUCCGGCUUCUUCGCACCUGAAUGUUGUGGACAUCACCAGUAACACAGAGGCAGACCCAGGUUCUUCCCAUCUGAAUGUUGUGGACAUCACCACUAACACAGAGGCAGAUCCGGCUUCUUCCCACCUGAAUGUUGUGGACAUCACCUCUAACACAGAGGCAGAUCCGGCUUCUUCCCACCUGAAUGUUGUGGACAUCACCUCUAACACAGAGGCAGAUCCGGCUUCUUCCCACCUGAAUGUUGUGGACAUCGCCUCUAAUACAGAGGCAGACCCGGCUUCUUCCCACCUGAAUGUUGUGGACAUAACCCCUAAUACAGAGGCAGAGCCCAUCUCUUCCCUCUUGGAGGUUGUGGAUGUCACACCUGAAGAAAGGACUCUCACGAUGGCCGUCUCCGCCACUCUGCCAGCUGACAUCCAAGCAGAGGAUGUUGCUGUGGUCAUCCCGGAUGUCACCCCACACGUCACCAAGGACGUGACACUGGAUGUAGAUGAACCUCCUUCUUAUUAA